AUGCAGCUCCUUACGAUACAGAAGGAAGUUUUAGACAUACUCAAGGAGGUUGAACUGGGUGAAUCUCAGGAGGAUCAGUUCUGGAUAGCAGUGCGGGACUCAUCAGACGAAGACCAUCUGACUUACGGAGAUGUUCGAGUUCUACAAGGAUCAAAGGGGGCGCUUUUAGAAUGUGACAACUUCACAGUGACAAAGAAUGGUUCCAAUUCGAUCUUUAUAGAUCCGCCGGGCAGAGGUUGCACUUUGCCCUCACUAAGCAUUGACAUCCGCCUGGUGCUGGCAGUGGCUCUAACCAAGUCCACACGAAACCUCAUAGUUGGCACAGAACAGGGGCAUCUAAAAAGGUUUGAUACUGAGAGCAAGAAAGAGACGAAUGAAGUGAAGGAUGCACAUUUCUCGGAAGUUAAGCUUUUGCGGACAUUUCCAUCCGAUAAAGUGCUUCUUUCAGUGGGUGGCGACUUCCAGAUCAAGCUUUGGGAUAUCGAUCUUGCUGAGGAUAAACCGGCAAGAACGUUUCGCCACCAGCAAAAGGCGAUCACUGAUGUCGCUCUCAUAGGUUCCGGCAGGAACUUUGUCCUGACCUCUGAAGAUGGUUCUACUGUCUUGUGGGAGUGUGGCUCUGGUCAGGUUGUGUCUACAUUUUUAAGAAUCGACGAUCACAACGACCCUGCACUCUGUGUUGCUGUAAGUGUCACUAAAGACCCCAUCAACAGCUCCGAUGUUGUCUCUGGUGAACGUCUAUACGAGUGUGACGAUAAGGUUAUGUAUGUGGGCUAUCAAUCGGGUAUCAUUCAAGAAUUCCGCAUAGCUAGUCAUAGCCAGUCCAGUGCCAAUGACAGCGUUGGUAUCCCCGAUGAAUCGACACUAGUGGCUGGGUAUAGCGACGGAACAAUUGUGGUGUGGGAUAGAGAUGCACAGACUCCUAUGCACAAGGAGGUUUUCAACCCCUCCUUCCUGAUAAGUAACAUGACGAUCAGAAGCACCAACACCCUAGUUUUCGACAAUGGCCCUGAACUGCUACUCACAAUGGACUUGGAGAGCUACAAAGUGGGGCAGCUUGUCGGGCUCACUGAGGCCUUCAACGUGAAACUGAUAGCUGCAGUGGAUAAAACCGUUGUGGUCGCUACAGGCGAUGAAAUCGCUCACUUUUGA